AUGAGCCCCGGAGACAACGAGGCCGGUGUGAGCAGUGGCAGAGGUGGGCCCUGUUCUCCGACCGAGCCUGAGCGUGUCUGCAUCCUGCCACCUCCCCCAGGUGCCCUCACGGGUCUCCAGCUGUGGUCCUCUGCCCAGCAGGCUCCUCCCAGCCCAGCUGGAGCACGAAAUCCCCCGUCAGCACAUGCCAGCCACAUUCCUCGGCCCGGGACCGUCAGACCCGGGACCCCAGACCCCCAGCACUCCCCUCUGUCUGCUGCGGGCAUCCACCUGUCCGGCCAGCUGCGCAGCGCACAGGCGGCUCGCAGCGUGGGAACGCCCCAGCUGGGCUGCAGGAGCUGUCAGGACAAGCUGCGCGGUUCCCAGCCUCUCUGCCCGCCACAGCCCAGGCACCGCCACCUCCCAGCCGUCGCCCGGCAACCCGCAACCGCGGCCGAGGGGCCCGGCAGAGUGUUCCUGCUCCCAGACUCCAAUUGGGCUGGGGUACCGCCCGCCCCGGGAGCCGGGGCCAGCGUGCCCCCAUUCAUCCGCGCCUUGGCUGAGGGGUUCCUCAAAGGGAAAGGUCGGGUCUCCGAGGGGGCGGGCCGGGGUUGGCCGGGGCGGGGCGAGCGGCGGCGGGCCCUCCCCGGGAUGCUGGCCUCCGCCCUCCUUGUCCUCCUCCUCUGCUUCAGGGGGCGCGCAGACCCGUUGCCCCAUUUCCUGCAACAGCCCGAGGACCUGGUGGUGCUGCUGGGGGACGAGGCCCGACUGCCCUGCGCCCUGGGCGCAUACAAGGGGCUGGUUCAGUGGACCAAGGAUGGACUGGCUCUAGGGGGUGAGAGGGACCUGCCAGGGUGGUCCCGGUACUGGAUCUCGGGGAACACAGCCCGCGGCCAGCACGACCUGCACAUUAGGCCCGUGGAGCCGGAGGAUGAGGCCCUGUACGAGUGUCAGGCCACACAGGCAGGCCUGCGCUCUCGCCCGGCCCAGCUGCACAUCCUGGUGCCCCCAGAAGCUCCCCAGGUGCUGGGCGGCCCUGCUGUGUCUCUGGUUGCUGGGGUUCCUGCGAAUCUGACCUGUCGGAGCCGUGGGGAUGCCCGCCCCACCCCCGAGCUGCUAUGGUUCCGAGAUGGGGUCCAGCUGGAUGGGGCCACCUUCCGUCAGACUCUGCUGAAGGAAGGGACCACUGGGCCAGUGGAGAGCACUUUAUCCCUGACCCCUUCCAGCCACGAUGAUGGAGCCAUCUUGGUCUGCAGGGCCCGGAGUCAGGCUCUGCCCACAGGGAGAGACACAGCUAUCACGCUGAGCCUACAGUACCCCCCAGUGGUGACUCUGUCCGCAGCACCCCAGACUGUACAGGAAGGAGAAAAGGUCACGUUCCUGUGCCAGGCCAUGGCCCAGCCUCCCGUCACUGGCUACAGGUGGGCAAAGGGGGGCUCCCCGGUGCUUGGGGCCCGCGGGCCAAGACUGGAGGUCGUGGCAGACGCCUCAUUCCUGACUGAGCCGGUGUCCUGCGAGGUCAGCAACGCAGUGGGCAGCGCCAACCGCAGCACCGCGCUGGAUGUGCUAUUCGGGCCGAUUCUACAGGCAAAGCCGAAACCCACGUGGGUGGACGUCGGGGAAGACGCCUCCUUCAGCUGUGGCUGGCGUGGGAACCCGCCCCCACGGGUGACCUGGACCCGCCGCGGGGGGGCGCAGGUGCUGGGCUCCGGGCCCACGCUGCGCCUUCGGUCCGUGGGGUCGGAGGAUGCAGGCGACUACGUGUGCAGGGCUGAGCCGGCGACUUCGGGCUUGGGGGGCGGUGCCGCGGAAGCGAGGCUGACGGUGAACGCUCCCCCAGUAGUAACCGCUCUGCGCCCUCCGCCCGCUUUCCUGAGGGGCCCUGCCCGCCUCCAGUGUCUGGUGUUCGCCUCCCCUUCCCCAGAAGCCGUGGUCUGGUCUUGGGAUGAGGGCAUUCUGGCGGCCGGGUCGCGGGGCCGGUUCCUGGUGGAGACGUUCCCAGCCCCGGAGGGCCUCGGGGGACAGGGCCCGGGCCUGAUCUCCGUGCUCCACAUUGCGGGGACCCAGGAGUCCGAUUUUAGCCGGAGUUUCAACUGCAGUGCCCGGAACCGGCUGGGUGAGGGAGGCACCCAGGUCAGCCUGGGCCGGAGAGUCCUGCUGCCCACCGUGCGGAUCAUUGCGGGGGUUGCCGCGGCGGCCACGACUCUCCUCAUGGUCAUCACUGGGGUGGCCCUCUGCUGCUGGCGCCAUGGCAAGGGUCAGUCUUCCCUCUCCAAGCAAGGGAACCUGGUGGGAAUCCCAGGCAGCAGCGACGGCGCCAGUUCUCGGGGCCCAGAGGAAGAGAUGGCCAGCGGCGAGGACCGGGGCCCCAUGGUGCACACGGACCACAGUGACCCGGGUCUGGAUGAGGAGGGGGCUCUGGAGACCAAGGACCCAACCAACGGUUACUACAAGGUCCGAGGGGUCAGCGUAAGCCUGAGCCUUGGUGAAGCCCCUGGAGGAGGUCUCUUUCUGCCACCCACCUCUCCCCUUGGACCCCCCACAACCCCCACCUUCUAUGACUUCAGCCCACACCUGGGCGUGGUUCCUCCCUGUAGACUGUACAGAGCCCGGGCGGGCUAUCUCACCACACCCCAUCCUCGAGCUUUCACCAGCUAUGUAAAACCCACAUCCUUUGGACCCCCAGACCUUGCCCCUGGGACUCCGCCCUUCCCAUAUGCUGCCUUCCCCACACGCAGCCACCCCCGCCUCCAGACUCAUGUGUGA